GAACAGCUGUGAGAACACAACACACACACACACACACACACACACACACACACACACACACACACACACACACACACGAGAAUGCUGGACAGAGACAGAGAGACAGUCUGAAAAUAGUCUGGACAUUACCACUGGAUAGGACACAUAUAGACGUCAUGUAGAUGAAGGCAACAUGUGCAUGAGGGACUGCUGUAUAUGUGUCUCUAUGUGACAGUACAUCAGCUACAUUUCUUAGUUUUGCUGUUUAAAUGAGGUCGUCUUUUUGGAUCCUUUACGGGUAGAAGUGCCCUGGAUAUGGGGGGAUGUCAGAGUUACAGUAGCUCUGAUGAAGAGGAUGUGAACACUCUGAAGGCAAACCACAACAACAUCAGCCUGUUUAAAAUAAAAAAUAACAGUCUACAUAUGAUCGUGUCCGCUGAGGUCAAACCUUACCUGCAAGAUCACAUUCUGUCUAGACACAUCACUGACGUUGACCUUCUGACCCUCUCUGCACAUCCACACGGCCUUGACCAGCAGGAGUGGAUAGCAACAAACACUGAUGACUUGGUUGCACAGUUACACAACAGGAAGAUGGCAAAGAGUGGUUGCAAAUGGCAAAUGCAUUUCAUGGAAAGCUGUGACAUCAGGGGUGCCCCAAGUCUGUAUGAAUGGACGGAUGAACAGGGGAAGAAACUGAAGUGUUCAGCUCCACUCUAUAUUGAUUACGCCAUGUCCUACAUUCAGGAGUUGCUUGCAGAUGAACGUGUGUUUCCCACCAGGGCAUAUUCUUCAUUCCCUCCUGGAUUCAUGUUCCUGAUUCAGAAGGUCUUUGUCAUGCUCUUCCGUACUCUGGCUCACCUGUUCAGUGCACACUACCAAGAUGCCAUCGUCGUGGAGUUACACCCCCACCUAAACACACUGUUCACACACUUCAUCACCUUCAGUCACACAUUCAGAUUACUGGACCCAGCAGAGACUGCUCCGAUCGAUGACCUCAUCGCUAGGCUCACACACUGACGCACACACACGGAAGACACGCAGGCACGUCGAUCCUGUCCCAAAUACAGCCUUAGCCCUUUGUGGUCCUUCUUCGAGUCCACACUUGUGUGACAUAAUGUUACAGUCUUCCCAAAAAGGGGCAUCAAGGGUGAACAGUGGCCACAAAGAAAUUUUAAACAAUAAAAUGACAAAUGGGACACUCUACGGUCUCGUGGACUUAUCGGACACAUGGAAGCAAAGGUCACAAGACUGCAAAAAUCCAUAUUAUAUGUUCCAUUUAGCACUUAAAAUUAGAGACUUCCUUUUUUAAGACACAACUGAAUAGGACUAGAAUGUGUCAAUCAAACUUCAGACUGGGCUGUGAUUGGACUGGGCAGUGGACCAUGCACAUACAUGAUUAUUCAGAGCCAACUGUGAACACUGGCCACGUUGCCUUUCAACAAGUGACUAUACUUAGCAAACCACACACAUUUUACAUCUUAAGCUGGGUGCACACUGUAUGAUUUUUACAGUCCUUUACAAUUGUUGCUUGCCAGACUGUAUAUGAUAUGAUCUCAGUGAGAUCUAAAAGCCAUGACACACUGUGCAACAUUAUGUCAGAUUAUACGAUACACAUCUCUAUCGUCUCGAAUAACAGCGUUGAUGAUUACGUCAUCUAGCCUUCGCAGUCCGUUGUGUCACACUGCACAACUGUGAGACACUGUGAGAACUUUGUUGCAGGGCGAACAGUCUUCUUUUAUUUCACCUAAAAAUUAUGAUGAAAUGCAGUGAUAUUUUUGUUCUACAAAGGUGUUUGUUUGUUGACAUUUUUCCUGUUUGCGUAUAUCCCUGAAAUUCUUGACCUAGGAGAACUCGACUAGUUGAGGAGUGUUGAUGAUUGGAUGAACUAUGCAUGAACAGUUUAGACGUAGUGACGUUCUUUAUUUAUUAAUUUUCCUCAACAAACGAAUUUUUAAAUGUCACGCAUACAGUUGUAAAAAAACACCAAAAAAGCAGUUUGUUAACAGUCUCAUGAAAAACUCUUUGUACAACAUUGUACGACUUGGCUUGUAUGAAAAGGUUCGACUUUUAAACCAACCAAUCAACAAACAGAAUUUCAAAUCAAUACAAUACAGGCAUUUUUAAAGGAAUAUUCUGGGUUUAAUACAAGUUAAGCUCAAUUGACAGCAUUUAUCGGCAUAAUUUUGAUUGAACAAAAAAUCAUUUAGAGACGUCCCUCGUUAAAAAAAAAUCUAAAUUAUUUUAAAAAAAAUCUGGGUAACAGUGAGGCACUUACAAUGGAAGUAAAUGGGGCCAAUACAUAAACAAUAUGCAUGUUAACAUGAUUGUAGUGUGAUAAAAUCGCUUACUAACCUUUUCUGUGCAGUUAUAUCCAAUUUUACAACUUUGUCGCCAUGAUGACGUAGUUUAGACAGUGACGUUCUUUAUUUCUUUUCCUCAACAAACUAAUUUUAAACAUCGCGUAUAGUGUAAAUAGUUUUUUAUUAAACAUCAAGUAUGUUCUGAAUAGCUGCGAUUGUGUCGCUUUGCACAGCAUUUUCUCAGGCAAAUGACUUAUCGUGUCACACCUGGUUAGCGCAUGUGCUUUGGCUAACAGCAUUGUUGAGGUACCAUUGCUGAGGUAAAACAAACGAUUCUGAAUCAUUCACACAAUCCAUUUCACAUGCAAUCACCUCUGUUGAUUCAUAAAGGAAGGUCAUUUCUUCAGCACGGCAGACUGGAAUAAUUAUAUUUUAAGUAACUACACUGCAAUCAUACUGCAAUAGAAUAGUACAUAGCUAUAAUACAAUGUUGGUUACCUUGUAUUGAUCGUCUUACAUUGGUUUGUGUUCGUCACUGUCCAUGUGAAUUGUCCCAACUAAUGUUCAUUGUUCAUGUGUCUAAUGGUCAGAGAGAGAGUUUGGGAUUGUAUGGGAGAAAGAUCAGGUUUUCCAGAUCAUUCAUAAACGAACAGCCCUUAGGAUAUCUGAAAUAUACACAUGAAAACACACACAAACACUCUGUAAUUCUGUAUUUGCACCAGUGAUCUGGUUUGACUGGUUCCCAAUGGGAAUUGGAUCUCUCCCAAGCCCAUAAAAUACACACACAUACUGUACACAAAUUAAGCUGUCUGUUAUCUUGUGACUUGAACACAUUAACAGAUAGUGUGAGUCUAUAGAUCCUGUGAGAAUGGAACUGCUUUCUGCAUACUGGACAGUAUAAACUGUCUAGUGCCUUCUAUUUAAUAUAUAUAUGUGUGUGUGUGUGUGUGUGUGUGUGUGUGUGUGUGUGUGUGUGUGUGUGUGUGUGUGUG